AUGAUCAUGUUAAUUUUCUUGUUGAUCUGGGGCCUUUUGAGUGGACUUGCAGCUGCUGCAGCUUCGACUGACAUUGAUGCCAAAUUCUUUUAUCUUCUUCUUGAUUCAGACUCGACUAUCACUAAGCUCCGGAGCGUUCAAGUGGUUCCUCCCUCCUCUACAGCACCGGUCAUACCAGGCAAUGUUCAAGCUAUCUGGCCUGCACUACAAAAUAACGAAGGAAUUAUCCAAACCGCGGUCGCAAACCAAGGUAGUAUUGGAGAGUGGUUUUACAUUGGGCUGGAGUAUUGCUGCACACCUGAAGACUGGAAAGCUGAUAAGGCUCAGCAAGUAUAUCCUGGAGAUCGUAUUACCACUCAGUAUGAGCUGACGAGCGCAAAUACUGGUGUAUACAAUGUUACAUGGAGGGUUGAGCGAGGCCACGCCGGUAUAAAAGCUAGUGAGAAGGACUUUUCUGCUGAGUCUGUUUUUAAUCCCCGAGAACAUCAGGCUUCUCCUGGUCAAGGUCCUUUCACGAAGGCCAAUACUACUAGGAGCGAUUGGUGUUAUAGACCUACCAACAACACCGACUUCGAAUACUAUCUCGAUGCCCCCACCGUUUAUAUAUCUAGCUCCCAAGUCAUUUGCAAGUAUUCCUUUCUGAUCCUCGGAGACACAACACCACCCACAUCACCCUCAUUUCACCCCACAACCUCCCACAUUGACCCCGGUCUCACCACCCAGGUCUUCCUCCUUUCUUUCACCACAAGUCCUACACCAUUCGCUCACAAUUGGAAUCCAUCUCUCCCCACCCCCAAACUAGAAGUACUAGAGCUACCCGCAUCUACCCUCUCCAACGGCCUCCCAGACCCUUCCUACUCCGCCAAAGUAGCUUCCAUCGAAUCAUCCUUCGACUCUUCCAAUUCGCUCCGAAUGUCCCAAUAUACCGAAAUACUAGAGGCUAGUCUGAUGAGCGCGUAUGGAACUGUUUCUAUCACGGCCGUGGAUGAGGAUAAUGCAUUGACUACUGUCACUGCAGAUAAAUUCAAUAUUCACCAGGCAUCAGUCGAUGCGGCAAUACUAGAUGAGAACGGACCAGGGAUUCUGGCAGGGAAUGGAGUGGGUAACUCUACGAGUGGAGAUACCGAUGAUGGAGAUGAUAUCUCUGGGCGUACAGUGGCGUGGAUGGUAGCCAUCAUUUGCGUGAUGGCGCUGCUAACGUUUUUCGGGGGCUUCUGGCUAAUUAAAAGACGCUCGGUUGGUUGA